GAGGCGAAGAGGUGGUGGCUUUUUUUUUCUUUUAAGGAGUUUGCAGCGAGCGCGUCUCUCGCAUUCGCAUCUCGGCGCGUUCUCGGGAGGACGCGGCGGGGAGGCGCUCCUGGCACUCGGCGAGCGCGCGUCCUCUCGGUUUUGGGGAAGGCGUCGCCACUGCGAGCCAUGGGCGCUGCGAGCUCCAGCAGGCAGCGCGGCCCCGAGCAGGCGCCGGCGGGGGGUGAUCCUCCGGCUGAGCCCGAGCCCCGCAGCGGCCUCUCGGAGGAGGCGGCCCCCGACCCGGCCGGAGACCCGGCCAUCGACCCCGCGGACCCCGCCACGAAGCUCCUGCAGAAGAAUGGUCAGCUGUCCACUGUCAAUGGCUUGGCUGAACAAGAAGAGCUCACCCUUCAGGAGGGAGCCCAGAAUGGCCAGGAGGAGGAAGUCACUGUCAUCGAGGUUGGACAGAGGGAGCCCGAAGAUGUGAGUCAGAAAGACUUGGAUAAAGACAUGGCGGCCAACUCUGUGGUUGUGGAGGACAUCAUGAAGGAUAAGCAGGAGCAAAGGCCUGAAAUAGUCGAACAGAUUCCCUCUUCAGAAAGCAACUUAGAAAAGGUAACAGGGCCUACUGAGGCCCAGGCUAGUGAUGUUGGAGAGCCCAACAUAGAUACCGGAGAGGCAGCAGCCAAAGAAACUGAACGAAAACAAUCCAUCGAGAAGGUGGAAGACACCUUUAAGCACCAGCAGAGCAACACAGAAAUUCCUCUCACACCUGAGUCUGGUCAAAUGAUAGCAGAAGGGAAAGAUGAAGGAGAAGCAGCACGAGAAAAAGAACCCACCAAAUCUCCAGAAUCUCCCACCAGCCCAGUCACAAGCGAGACUGCAUCAACCUUCAAGAAAUUCUUCACCCAAGGUUGGGCCGGUUGGCGCAAAAAGACCAGUUUCAGGAAGCCAAAGGAGGAUGAACUGGAAGCCUCUGAGAAGAAAAAGGAGCAAGAGCCAGCAAAGGCAGACACAGAGGAAAAUGAGAAGGCAGAAGAUACCCCUGAGCAGCUCACGGCUUCUGAGCAGCCCCAGAAGCCCGUGGAAGGCGGGGAUGAGGCCAGAUUAUCGGCUGACUACGAGAAGGUGGAGUUGCCUUUGGAAGGUCAAGUCAGUGGUGUGCAGGGCUCUUCUGCAGAGAAAUGUGCUCCGUUGGCCACGGAAGUAUUUGAUGAAAAAGUAGAAGCCCACCAAGAAGUUGUUGCCGAAGUCCACAUCAGCAGUAUGGAGAAGAAAAUGGGGGAGCAAGAAGCAGGUGUGGGAGAAACAGUAGAAUCCUUGCCACCUGAAAAACUGGUGGAAGCAAGUGCUCAGGAAACUCAGGAAGCUGAACUCGCUGAGGAGCUGGAAAAGACCCAAGAAGCGUGUGACUCUGGAGACCACGCCCGGCCGACAGAGCUGAGUCCCGAUGGAAAGGUGUUGCCCAAACAGCCCGAGAGCAUCGUGAGUGAGGUGGCCGUGCUGUCAUCACAAGAGAGAACCAAGGUGCAGGGAAGCCCCCUGAAAAAACUGUUCUCCAGCACCGGCUUAAAGAAGCUUUCUGGAAAGAAACAGAAGGGGAGACGAGGAGGAGGAGGAGAUGAGGAGUCAGGGGAAAAUAACCAAGGGGCAGCGGAGUCUCCGGAUAGUGCCGAUGAGAAGGGUGAGAGCUCCGCUUCCUCCCCUGAAGAACCCGAGGAGAUCACGUGUCUGGAGAAGGGGAUCACCGAGGGCCACCACGAAGGAGAGGCUGAAGAAGGAGCUACUUCCGAUGGAGAGAAAAAGAGAGAAGGUGUUACUCCCUGGGCAUCUUUCAAGAAGAUGGUGACGCCCAAGAAGCGUGUUCGCAGGCCUUCUGAAAGUGAUAAGGAGGACGAGUUGGACAAGCCGGACAGGGUCAAGAGCGCCACCUUGUCUUCCACAGAGAGUGCAGCCUCCGAAAUGCAAGAAGAAAUCAAAGGCGCUGGGGAAGAGCAAAAGCCCGAAGAGCCGAAGCGCAAGGUGGACACUUCGGUGUCUUGGGAGGUGUUGAUUUGUGUGGGGUCAUCCAAGAAAAGAGCAAGGAAAGCCUCCUCUUCUGAUGAGGAGGGAGGACCAAAAACGAUGGGAGGAGACGGCCGCAAAGCAGAGGAGGCUGCCAGAGACAAAGAAACCGGAAACGACUCUGUCCUUGCUGGCACCCAGGAACCUGACCAAGGGCAGGGAAGCUCCUCCCCUGAGCCAGCCGGCAGCCCCUCCGAAGGGGAGGGCGUUUCCACCUGGGAGUCAUUUAAAAGAUUAGUGACCCCAAGAAAAAAAUCCAAGUCAAAACAGGAAGAGAAAAACGAAGAGUCCAGUGGUGUAGAGCAUUCAGCUUCAGAUGCUGAACCUGGGAAAGAAGAAUCUUGGGUUUCAAUUAAGAAAUUUAUCCCUGGAUGGAGGAAGAAAAGGUCAGAUGGGAAACAAGAACAAGUCACUGCUGGAGACACAGGGCCCGCAGAAAUCAAUGAAGAGGAUUCUGAUGUCCCGGCUGUAGUGCCUCUGUCCGAGUAUGAUGCCGUGGAAAGGGAGAAGAUGGAAGCUCAGCAAGCCCCCCGAAGCGAAGCCACCCCUGAGCAACAGGUGGGUGUGGAUGUGUCUGAGGAACUCGGCAAGAAUCUGGUUCAUUGUGCAGCAGUGGCUGUCAUCGAUGGGGCAAGGGCAGUUACCAGUGUGGAAGAGCGGUCUCCUUCUUGGAUAUCUGCCUCUGUGACAGAGCCUCUUGAACAAGCACAAGGUGAAGCCACACCAUCAACUGAGGAAGGGACUGAAAGAGAAGUCAUUGCAGAAGAAUUCCUCACAGCCACCCGCACUCUCCCUGAGAGCAGAGGUGCCCCUGAUGACACGAUCACUAGUGAAGUGGCAUUAACUUCUGAGGCAGUGACAGCUGCAGAGACCACGGAGGUGCUCUGUGCUGAAGAAGCCACCGAAGCAUCAGCCGCAGAAGAGACCACAGAGAUGGUGUCCGCAGUUUCCCAGCUAACCGAGUCCCCAGACACCACGGAGGAAGCCACCCCAGUCCAGGAGGUGGAAAGCGGAGGGCCAGAUGCAGAAGAGCAGGAGCGGCAGACCCAGGCUGUCUUACAGGCAGUUGCAGAAAAAGUAAAAGAGAAGUCACAGGUGCCAGACAGCAGUGGGGCCGAAGGUGUGACUCUGAUCAUGCAGAAAGCAGAACCAAAAGCCCUUGAGAAGGUGGAGGAAGCAGAAGAAGACUCCGAUGAACCAGAUCUGAAGGAAGAGAUGGAUGUAGUGUGGAGAGUAAACAUACAAGAAACUAAAACUGAACAUUUUACGCGAGGGGAGGUAAUAGCACAGGCUGCCCCUGAAGGCUUUGCGAAAGUUCCUCAAGUCACAGCGAGGGUAGAGUCCAGGGAGCUGGUAACCACGUGCCAAUCUGAGCCCUUAGCUGGGGUGCAGCCCCCAGAGCAGUCUGUUCUCCCUGACUCAGCAGAUACCCCAACAGACAGUGAGACCAACGGAAGCACCCCCGUGGCAGAUACUGACGAGCUAGGUACAAUACAGCAAAAUGAGGUCACAGAAGGGCAAGGAGACGGUGCAGUUGCAUCUGGCACUCAGCCACAGGCCACAGAGGUAGAGGCAGCUCCUGUCCAGAAAGAGGGGCCUUCAGCACCACCAAGUUUUCAAUCCCAGGAAGACUAUACAGAACAAUUAAAACCGGAAGAUAGUCUAGAACAUAAGGAUCAAGAGCCAUCAGUGGAAGGCGUACCCAUAGUGUCCAAGACUGAGGUGAUUCGAGAGGCCUGCCUGCUUGCUGGUGGGGAAGCCAAAGACAGACCGUGUGUUGAAGUUGUCACAUCUGCACACGUGGCCAGUCAGCAAAAGGCCACUGAAGUUCCUCUUCCAGGUGAAUUGACUGAAGGGGCAGACUGUCAAAAGGAUGGUGGUAACACAGAACUCCAGAGUCCAGGCCGAGAAGAGGGAGAGAGGGUAGCUCAAGUAGAAAAGGAGAACACUGAUGCAAAGGCAGUACAAGACAGUGAAGAAAAAGUUGAGCAAAAAUCAGCCGGUCCCAGAGCCGAAGAGCCCAACCAGCAACUAGUCCAGAUGGCUGACGUAAACGUCACAGACAGGGAAAAGGAGGUAAGCAGUUUAGAUGGAAGCUCUCCUCCUUCAGAUCCAGAGGAGGAAGCAGGAUGUGUGGAGACUCAAGGUCAGAGCACUGAGGCACUAGUGACUGUUGUACCUACGGCAGCGGAGGAGGAGGUGUUAGGAGAAACCGGCAGGAUUUCAGAAACAAGUGACGCCGUGGAGCCUGCACAUUUAGAACCAGCAGAGAGAUCUCCAGGGAAGGUCGGGGACUGGACUCUUCAGCUGGGAGACGAUGCUGUCCCUGUGGGGACUGAGCCUCAGAUGGAAUCAGAGCUAGUCAUAGUGUCUGCCACUCCUGAGAAAGACCUGCACUCGGACCUGCAGGGAGAGAACCGUGCAUCCCAGAAGCAGAAGGCAGAUGAAGAUGACAGGCAAGUUGGCUGUCUGGAAGGUACAGUGAGCCUGGCAGUAGAGGGCGGUCCCAAGGCUGAAAAUCAGAUCUUGGAACUUGAGACUGAGAGCAGUAAGCUUGUGCAAAACAUAAUCCAGACAGCUGUGGACCAGUUUUCCCGGCCAGAGGAAACAGCAUCUGACAUAGAGAAAGAGGCUCCCCAGGUGCCAGCCGACAGCCAGGGACCUGGACAGAAACCUGUGGAAGAAGCCAGUGGACAACAGGUGUCUGUGCAGGAUGAAACACAAACUGUCGCCACCCGGGAUGAGUCCGAGCUCGCUGCUGUGGCUCCCGAGCUCGCUGCUGUGGCUCCCGAGCUUUCCAAAGAUGUGAACGGAGCUUCAGAAGAGACCCCGACAGUUGAGGUUGGAGGCUCCGGUGUGAAUGAGCAGCAGUCUAAAGAGGUGGUUGCCCCAGCCCAGGCAGAGAGCGAUGAAAUGGGCACAAAGCCUGUAGCAACUGAUGAUGGCUGUGGAGAGACCGGAGGAAGAAUGGACAAGUCAGCUCUUGAAUCCAGAGAAGACGAGAAAGAGGAUGCUGCCGAGGACUCAGCCUUGGCAGAUCCUGCCGCCCCAGGAGGCUUAACCAAAGAGUCCUCAGACACCAACGGACCAAAACUAACAGAGGAGGAAGCAGGAGCUAAGGGAGGAAAGGCAUACAGUGAGUCGGAGAAGGACAUCAAACCGCAAACAGAAGAGGAGCAGCGGAAAGGAGGGAGAGAGCCGGCAGAAUCCUAAGGCACUUUUUAAUGUCAUUGUAUAUUUGCAAGACCAGAAUGUGAAGACAAGCCACGGAAGAAAAUGCUGCUGCUGAGACUCGAAACCAAUAUUUCAGAACUUGAGAACUAGAGAGUGGGCCCCCUACUGAUCUCACGUCCAGAGCGCCCCCCAACAAUCCUGAGGCUUCAUCAGGAGCUAUAGCCAUCUAACACUGCGUUUUUUUUCAAGACCACCUAUUACUUUCCCGUGAUAUCAUGAUAUUUCUGAAUUGAAGCCCUAAAUUCUUGACCUGGAACUGGAGUUGGCAAUACCUAGUUCUACUUCUCAAACUGGAGUAUCGUUCUUAAUGUAUUUAUAUGUGUUUUGAGUAAUCCUCCUUCUGUAUCUGUUGUAUAUUUUUUUCUUGGUGUUUAAAGACACGUCCAGCAUAGUACAUGCCUUUCAUAUCACACAGUAUGUGACAGGGUGUGCAGCUAUGGGGAAGCCUUGGGAAGUUUAAAGCCUCGUUUACACCCGUGAAAAACAGCUUCCAAGAAAUAACAUUCCUGGUGAGAAGGUACAAUUCUUAUUCUACAAAUCCACUAAAGCUGAGGUCCAUACUUAGUGUAGCACUCACAAACUGGUCACUUUGCUAUUAUGCACAGCGAGCUAAACAUAAAAAGCAUUUGAAACACACAGAAUGUUCCAUAGUUACUGUGAAAUUUUUCUUUCUAGUCCAGCGGAAGUUGGAAGGAAGUUUUUUUCCACUAACAAAUAUAGUCUUGUUAGUCUGUUCUCCUAAUUGAUUUUGUUACGGUGGUUUGGACAGAAGAGUGUGCUUAAUACCAAGGCAGCGUAGUAAAAUGUUUUUCAUAUUAUAUAGAAAAUAAUUGACUGUUGUAAGUUUUUGACUCUGCUCUUAUAUGCUGGACCACAUUCGCUCACAGAAUGAAACGAGUCAAGUUUUCUUCUUUCCAAAUGUAUUUUGAUAGAUACUGGAUUCUGUCUGUGUCAUAUUUGUGCCCCUUCUUUUACGAACAGUGUGGCAUUAUGUUCAUUUGGAUAAACUGUGAUUUAACAACUGAUUUAAAUAAAACACUUGCUUUCACUUA